UGAUGCAAAUACUUUGACAAAACAUAAAUUCAAAGUGCGUGAUAUUCUCAUAAAUCGUUUAGAGUCAUACUAUCACACAAAGGUAGCUCAUUUAAAAGAUCCUGUCGAAAUACUAAAUAAAAUAAAAGAAUUAAAACGAUAUGAGGUGAAUUUAACUACUAGUAUGAUUAGAAGGAAUUUUCACACCAUGCAGUAUUCACCAGAUAAAGAGAGUGCUUCUGAGUUUUGUGAAAGGUUUGAAAACUGCAUACGCGAUUAUGGGAAUAUCUCAGACACUGCGACCUUUUCUGAGGAGGAAAAACGCGACACAUUUUAUAAUGCUAUUAUGACCACGGUUCCUUCUGUUCAAGCUGUUGAGUUUAUAAGAGCAGAGGCAAAUCGAAAUCAGACAAAAUCAGGAGAGACCAGAGCAGCAAUGACAGUUAAGAAAGGUACGAGUGCGAGAUGUUAUGAGUGCUCUGAUUUUGGUCAUAUCAGUUAUGAUUGCCCCCGAAAAGGAACAGGUGUUGUGAAAUGUUACGAGUGUAAUAAGUUCACAAACCAUAAGGCUGACGAGUGUCCUCAAAGACAGGAAAGACUAAAGAAGCAAGGAUCUACGAGUGGUCGAGUUUAUAAAAGAGGUAAUGGCAGGUAUAAUUACAAUAAAAACUUACAAAAAUCUGGACAGAUUAACGACAGACGACAGACAUUGAAAAGGAGAAAUGACGAUAAUACGAGAGGUUAUAAUUACAAAGAGAGGCAGAUUCAAUCAAAAUAA